AUGCCUGUUGUAGCUUACGUGGAAAGCAGCUGUAUCAACUUCCAGCAGAGUUGCUUGGUGGUGCGGACCAUGUCUUGGCUAUUUUGUGAUGCUCCACGUCCCCUGAACAAGGUUGUGGAAGAUGCGAAUGCACUGAUACUACGAUGUGAUUCUGAUGAUUCACAGAGAAAUUGGCAAAGUCGCUUGCAGGGGGCCAUAUAUCGUGCCUCAGGCCCUGAUCCUAUUACUACUCUUUCUGAAACUUCGUCUGAUCCAGAGGACUCAGAAACAGAACGUAAUGACAAUACUGAUGCAAGUAAUAUAUUGAAGAUGGAGCGCUUAUUUAUUACGGGUGCUCUUGAUGAGCUAAAGAUCUGCUUCAAUUACAAUCAUCAGCGUGACCAGAGUUCUGUUAAUGUGCUUCUUGCUAAAGAGAAUCGCUUGUUUGAAUUUCGAGCAAUAGGUGGCCAGGUUGAACUUUCAAUCAGAGAGAAUGAUAUGUUCAUCGGCACUGUUCUCAAAUCUCUAGAGAUUGAAGAUUUAGUUUGCUGCAAUGGUGUUUCUCAGCCUUGUUUCCUUGCAACAUCAUUUGUCCAAAGUUCAGAUGCAUACUCAUCCUUUGAUGAUACUGGGAAUCGAACUUUUGACAACAAUAAUUCGACUCCAAGUGAAGGAGAAGACAAGUUCUAUGAGGCACCAGAAAAUUUGGUCGACUCUGAUUAUCUAAGUUCCCAAAAUUCACUUUCAUUUGAAUACUCAUCAUUCAAGCAUCCCAGUUUUAGUCGUAUUGCUGGAUCACUCCCUGGUGAUGCUGUUCAAGCUAGGACGGAGGAUACUGAACUAAUGGAUACUAUGGAUAGUUUUGUGAAAGCUCAGAUAGUCAUCUAUGAUCAGAACUCUCCUUUAUACAAAAACAUCGACAUGCAGGUGGCCAAUUUUCUACCCACAAUUCUUGCUAUCAUGGAAUUUGUCAGUGGCAUUAAUGUUGAAGAUGAAAAUUGUGAAACUUUUAACGACAAUCCACCAUCAGCAAUAGUAAAACAUGAUAGUUCUGGAGAUGAUGUGGUUGAUGAUCAAGAUUCAACUUUAUUUUUGAAUACAUUCCAAUGA